AUGGGCGGCGGCAAUUCCCUCCGCACAGUCCUUUACUAUGUCAACUGGGCCAUCUAUGCCCGCUCCCACAACCCGCAAGACCUGCCUGUGGACAAAGUAACCCACGUCCUCUACGCUUUCGCCAACAUCCGCCCCGAAACCGGGACCGUUUACCUGACCGACGCCUGGUCCGACACGGACAAGCACUAUCCCACCGACUCGUGGAACGACGUGGGCACCAAUGUCUAUGGAUGCAUCAAGCAGCUCUUCCUGCUCAAGAAGCGGAAUCGGAGGCUCAAAACACUACUGAGCAUCGGCGGAUGGACGUACUCUUCCAACUUUGCUGCCCUGGCCGUGGCGGGCCGGGAGGAAGGGAGGAGGGAAUUCGCCCGAUCCGCGGUCCAGCUGGUGGAAGAUCUGGGGUUUGACGGGCUCGACGUCGACUGGGAAUACCCGCAGGACUCCAGCGAGGCGGAGAACUACGUCCUCCUGCUCCGGGAGACGAGGAGGGCGCUCGACGAAGCCGCCGCCAAACGCGGUCCCGCUCACUGCCGUUUCCUCCUCAGCAUCGCCUCCGCCACGCCCUUCAACACGGCGGCGGCGGUGGAUUUCUACACCAAACCCCCCGGCGCCGUGCAUCCGAGCAAGAUCGUCCUGGGCAUGCCGCUCUACGGCCGCGCCUUCGCCGAUACCAAGGGACCCGGCCAUCGAUAUGCCGGGGUCGGCGAGGGCAGCUGGGAGCAGGGCGUCUGGGAUUACAAGGCCCUCCCUCGCCCGGGCGCGGUGGAGUAUCAUGACUGCGACGGCAAGGAGGCGUGCGGCGCGAGCUGGAGUUACUGUCCCACGACCAAGAUGAUGGUGAGUUACGAUACCCCGGGCAUGGUGCGGGAGAAGGCAGCGUUUGUGCGCGAGAGGGGGUUGGGCGGCGGCAUGUGGUGGGAGAGCAGUGGCGAUAAGGCUGGCGAGGCGAGUUUGGUGGCGACGUUUGUCGACGCGCUGGGUGGCACGCAGGUGUUGGAGGAGGAGAGGAAUUGUUUGCACUAUCCCGAGAGUAAGUAUGAGAAUUUGAGGAACGGCUUUCCUGGGGAGGGGGAGGCGGAGGAGUGCUAG